AUGAUGCAACAGUUCAUGAAAGAAUUGGAGCAGGAUCCUUUUGAUGCUGAGGAAUUUGUUGAACGCCUAGCUUGGAGAACAAUAGCAGAGACUAAAAACGAUGGAGAUGAAGGCGAAUUGAAUCCAACUUUAUUGCAUGAAUCAUUUGUACAGGCCAUAAAAGAUUUAACAUUGCUACAAGAAAGACAGCAAAAAAAGUGCGAGAAACUAGAAACUGCUGUGAGAGAAGAGGAAGCAACAUUUUUUCAAGAAAUAUACACACUACUAGAACAAAACAAACAAGCCAUUGGAACAUUUCAAGAGCUGGACAGUAAAAUAAACCAUGUGGCUACAAAGGUUCUGCAUUUGGGUGAUCAACUUGAUAGUGUGAAUGGUCCUAGAUCAAGGGUAGUGGAUGCCCAAAAAAUGCUGACACACAUGACAGAGUUCCUCUCAGCUGACUCUCCAUCAUCACCUAUUUUCACAGAUCCUGAGUUAAUUGAUGAAGCAGCUGAUAUGAUCCAGAAACUAUACAUGAUUUCACAAGAUUUGCCUGAGGGAAAAUUUGAUAGUGUGAUACAAAAGAUAGAAAGAAAAUAUUGUGACAUUGAAAAAAAGUUGAUAGAAGAUUUUGUAAAUGCAAUGUCCAAUAAUGAUCUUCAAAAAAUGAAGAAAAUUGCUAAUACUCUAUCCCAAUUUAGAGGCUAUUCUGAAUGUAUAGAUGCUUAUAUUGAACAAAGUCAACCAGAGUCCCUUACAUCAAAAGAUGUCUUUGGUCAUCUCUUUUCACUUUGCAAGUACAACAAUGAAAUCAUACAAAAAGUGUUCAAAAACCCUGAACAAGUGAUGGCUAAGUUUGUUCUUAAUAUUUACCAACUAAAACUCAUGGAAUAUAUUGGACAAAGGCUAGAUUCCAAACUUGGGAGCUAUAAUUAUCUGCAAACAUUGUUUGAGUUAUAUUCCAAGACUAAUCAAUUAUCAAAUGAUUUGGCAGUUUUCAACAUGGGGAAUGAUAAAAAUUAUUUGUCCAAAUUGACCACAAAUAUCUUCAAUAAAUACUUGAAUGAUUAUAUAUCGAUUGAAACAAAAUGCUUGAAAGAGCGUUGUGUCACCAAUUUACAAAAGUACUAUGAAUCCAAGAAUCAUCAGAAAAAACCCAUACAGUCAGGGGGUUUUCAAGAUCUUCGUAGAGACUUACAGGCAGUUAUAGGAACUAGAGCAAACAUCAAUAUUGCUCAAAUAGAAAAUUAUGGUGGGGAAACCUUUUUAUCAGAAGAAUUAGCUGUGAUGGUGCUCCAGGAUACCAAACAUGCCUUUCAACGUUGCCAACUGUUAUCCAGACCAAAAGAUAGAGCAUCAAAUGCUGCCCAAAUUUUGGACAGGUUGAUAAACAGUCUGUUGAUUGAGCAUGUGGACUAUGCUGUGGAACUGGGGCUCCAGGCUAUACCUGUGGAGGGGUCUAGGAGCUCCCCUGUUCUGUAUUUUUUCAAAGUGAUACACCUGAGCAACAAUAUCUUACACCUGAUAGAAAAACAGUUUACUGACUUGGUUGUACCCAUGGCAGAGAAUACACCAAAGUAUAAUGAAUGUUUACAAAAGAAAAAGAUGGUUCUAGAUGAUAUUGAAAGAAAAAUUAAAACUGGACAAGACAGAUGUAUAAAUGCCAUAUCUACCUGGGUAAGAGUAUAUCUCCAAUCAGAACAGAAAAAAAGUGAUUUCAAACCAGAAACAGAUGAUUUUGAUACAGUCUCAUCUCCAGCUUGCAGAGCAGUUUUAAACUAUCUCAAUGCUGUUAUCAAAGAAAUUCGGUCCAAUCUGGAUGGAAACAAAGUUACUCAGGUUCUUGAAGAGUUGGGCAUAAAAUUGCAUAAAGUUAUUUAUGAUCAUAUCUUGCAAUUUCAGUAUAAUACUGCAGGUGCCAUGGUGGUAAUAUGCGACCUCAAUGAAUACCGCGCUUGUAUGAAAUCUAUGGGUCCCCAUGUUACAGAUCUGUUUGAAACCCUACAUGCCCUUUGUAACCUGUUGCUUGUUAAACCUGAAAAUCUUCCACAAGUGUGUUCUGAAGAUUCCUUGGGGAGAUUGGACAGGAUGGUACUACAGAGUUUCAUUCAAUUGAGGAGUGAUUAUAAGUCACAAAAGCAGGCAUUCUCGAGAGUCUAAAAUAUUCAUCCAUACUAGUACAGGGUUUCUAAAAAUGAUUGUAGCAUGA